CGCGUCUUUCACAUCAACAGCUCAACACAUCUACGCCUCUUUCGUAUGUCUGACCGAAAUAUUGUGCUCUAGAGCAAAAGAAAGAUAGGGCCAUCGUCACCUCGGAGGUUCUCUACGCGACACGUGCGGGCAUUGAGAGUUCUCACUUGCUUGUUGCUGUCCCGCGAACACGCGACAGCGACCGGCUCAGGCAGGCGAAAUACUAGCUUCCAGGAACAGAAACCCGGGCGAGCACCACAGCUACAGCCGACAACUUUCUUGCUUUGCUUUACCCGGUACAAGGCGGCUAAGCAAGCUUUUUCGCGCAAACAAGCUGUAUCGCCCGCCUGGCUUCGCGCAUUCGCAUUGGGAUGCCGUCGCAGCCGUCCUCCGCCUUCGGGGAAACAUCAGCAAAAGCAGAAGGUGAAGAAGUAGUGACGCCGACGGCACGGAUCCAAAGGAUUGGGAGUACAAAUACAAAUACCCCGAGUGAGGGGACGCCCUUCGCUGCUGAGACUGAUGAGCCAUUCCACGACAUCCCGGUUUCUUCUAAAUACCAUCAUCCUGGCCCUCGGUCUGCCUCAUCCGAGUCGUCACUUCAGCCUCAAGCUCAACCAUCAACAGCAGCGAGUAAAGCAAGAGAAACAACACAGGCUUCACCUUCACAAUCAUUUCUGGAUUCAACUACGACAUCUUCUUCUCCACUUCUAAAACGCGUUCAGAAAUCCCGCGCGACUCACGUCGCGCAAAUCGUACUGUUUAUUCUUCUUGUUCUGCAGUUUAUACUCAUGUAUAGGAAAUUUGCCUUAGCGAGUGGAUUCGCUGUUGCGGCGUUGGUGAAGGGGAAUGUGGCUGUUGCUGUUGCUGGGAAUGGGAAUGGGCAUGAGUAUGGAGGUUCGAUGAGUAAGAGCAGUAGUAGUGAUGUGCCGGAUUAUUUUGUGACGAAGCCGGAGUUGUUUCCAGGUCCGACACCUACUGGAGAUGCGGCUUUUCUGGCACAGACGAAUCCGGCACCUUUUGCUGGGACGACCUACAUCCCAAAUAGCCCAUUGGCGACCCAAGUGCCAAUCGUGGGCAACAACGACAAUGGCAACAUCUUCCAAAUGCAUGGCCAGCUGUCACACUACUUUCCCAACCCACAAGGGUUUGGAGUUGACGAGUAUUCUCUGCCGAAGAAUGCUUCGAUCGUGCAGCUGAAUAUGCUGUCGAGACACGGCUCUCGGUAUCCCACGACUGGAGCUGGUGCUGAGAAGAUUGGGCAGAAGAUCUUCAAUUAUACGACUGGAGUGUCUGGGCAUGCGACGUUUUCUGGGCCGCUAGAAUUCUUGAAUGAGUGGACUUAUAAGCUCGGUGCUGAGAUUCUCGUCCCUGUCGGCAAGCAAGAACUUUUCGAUUCGGGUACGCUACACCAAAUCAUGUACGGCCACCUGUACAAGAACAACGGCACCAAGAUCACCGCAAGAUCUACUACACAAGAUCGUAUGCUCAAGUCUGCCGAGUACUUCCUUGCUGGAUUCUUCGGAUUGGAAUGGACCCAUAACGCCACUUUGGUUUUGGCGAUCGAGGAAGAUGCCGGCGUCUGGAAUAAUACUCUCGCGGGCUACUACAACUGCAACAACUCAAACACGGGAGUCUCAGCCGGCGGUAGCAAUGCCAGCACAGAAUGGUCUUCUAUAUACCUUGCUGAUGCCCCUGCGCGACUGAACAACUACAGCUCGGGCUUCAACUGGACUGUCGCAGAUGCGUACAACGCCCAGUCGCUCUGCGCCUACGAAACCGUUGCACUCGGCUACUCCGCUUUCUGCGGUCUCUUCACCUACUCCGAAUGGGAAGGCUACGAAUACUCCAUCGACCUCGCUUUUGCCGGCAACAACAUGUUCCAAUCUCCUACCGGUCGCGCAGUGGGAAUCGGCUACGUUGUCGAAAUCCUCGCUCGCCUUCAACACCAUCUCAUUACAGAGCCCGUAGCGCAAGUCAAUGUCACACUGGACAGCAACCCUGCCACAUUCCCGCUCGGCCAAACAUUAAAUUUCGACUUCAGCCACGACACAAAUAUCGCAGCUAUCCUGACAGCUUUCGGUCUCACGCAAUUCGCACCCGUCCUACCAACCGACCGCAUCGAACGUAACCGCUCUCUCAUCGUCUCACACAUGGAACCCUUUGGCGCGCGACUUGACAUGGAAAUCAUCGAGACUCCAAAACCACUCAGUGGCAACCGUAAAGACGGCAAUUCUUAUGAAGAAGGUGGUGUGACGAGAUAUAUCCACUUCAUUCUGAAUCAGAGAACAAUUCCUUUGGGCAAGUCGUUGAGCAAAUGCGGGGAGAGAGAUGAUGGAUGGUGUGAGUUGACGACUUUUAUGGAGGUGCAGAGUAAGAUGUUGGAGGAGGCGCAGUAUGAUUGGAGUUGUAAUGGGGAUUAUCCGGCUGUACCGUUUGGGGAGGUAACGGAUGGGGUGCCGGUUGUGAAGCAACCGUAGACAUUUGAGAAGGUUCAAUUUGAGUUGAAUUAAGCUGGAAAAAUGCAUGCGAUGGAAGAGAUUCAUCGACAAGCCAAUUCAUGACUGCAAAUGGCACAAAUGACCAGUGCAGAAGUUGGCCUCGCCAGUAAUCGCUAAUGCUUGCUUGGAUGCGGACAUGAGAGACUAAGGCGGGUUUUUGAUCCACGCUUGUUCAGCUUUGUUCUUGCUUCAGGUUGCGUGCCUCAACUGAUCUGGUCCGGGCCCAGAGGCGUCUCAAUCGAAGCUGCGAGG